UUCUUUGUGGGUUUUAUCUUCCUUGGUCACUGUGAGAAUGUUCUGCUCAACAGAGGAAAAAAUAGGUCAUGCUUUACGUGUGGCAUUGUUGUAGCAAUGUCAGAAGUUUGAAAUAAAUCCUGUUUGGCUGCUGUACAUUACUAAACCUGUUCGUGAUGGCAAUUAUGCCAGAACAGUUGAUUGUAAAUAAACCUGCUUUGCCGGUGAUGCUUUGUGAAACUCUCUUCAUGAAGAAUUGGAGCGUGUGAUGAAAACCAGCAUGCGACCAAGAACAUUUUGUGAUAUUGUCCUUCUGAUGCUGUAAAUCUUCAAAGUGCUUGCGAUCAUAUAUGUUUGCCAUGCCAUGCUCGUUGUGUGUAGAAAGCUCAUAGAAUAGAAGGUUAAACUAUUUUUCCCAUGUAUCGCAAGGACACACAACAUUUGUUAGGCCAAGGACUGUUUGAGAGCUGUUAUGUUAGUGCGGUGAAGCUUGUACUCUAACAAGGAGAUGGGUAUAAGGCAAAGAAACAGUUGGGACCGAGAUAAAUACAACAUUGAUAUUGAUGUAAUUUAUGUUUGCUUGUACAGUAUUUACUUAAUAUAGUCUAAUAAUGAUCACUAUAAGUACCCAACAUAUAGUUUCCCUUCCAGUCAUUAAAAUUACAAUUCUAUAACAAUUUUUGGAGGGGCUCUGAAAGCCAUGUUUGGAGGUCAGGUUCUGCAUCCUUGGCUUAGUCCAAUUCUGGUUUUCUCUAGAUGUUUUAGACUACAGUUCCCAUUAUCUCCAGCUAGCAAAAGCAUUGCCCAAGGAUAGCUGAGAUGACUGAAACCAGUCCAAUAGAUUUGGAGAAUGUGAAGCUGGAGAACCCAGAACCAAAGUCUAUCUCAUGAAAGGAAGAGAAAAUGAUUCCUGAUCCAGAAAAUUUUUCUUGUAACAGGAAAGAUUCUACAGCAAACUGUAUAGCCCUAUGCUAUUGGAGCAAAUGCCACAUUUCAAAUAAUUUUCUCUGUAGCAGUGUAGGUAUGCCACUGAGCAGUAUGCCACUGAGCAGUAACGAUACAAUCCUCAAAGAGAUUACUCUUGAAAUAGGAGGCAGCCCCUAGAAACUUGGGUAAUUAAAAAAAAAAAUCUAAGAGUUGGUUGUAAGUUGGGAAACUACCAGACAAUUCCAAGUUCUAGAAUGGACUGAGAAAUUGAAAAAAAAAUAAAUCUCAGAAGUAGGGCAGUAGCAAAUCAUUUCUGUAUUAUCCAAGAAACCUACAUGAAUGUGACUGUACUGUCACUUGCAAUUGAGCAACUGAAUUUGCUUCAAGGAAGUCAUAUCUACCUCCUACGAACAACCUGCUAUAGCAGAUUAAAGAAAGCUGCUGGACUGGAUACUUUAGAGGCCCCUAUGGCUGUGUAUGAUGAAGACCUCUUGAGGAACCCUUUCUAUUUGGCCAUGCAGAAACGACGUCCUGAUCUCUGCCGGAAAGUUGCAGAACUCCAUGGAACUAUACUGGUACCUUGUAAAGGCAGCCUUUCCAACAGUGUCAUUUCAGCUUGCCAGUUCGACUCUUACGUUCUCAAAGCAGCAGACAACAACUUUCACACUUUGAAUGGAAAGGAAAUCUUUAUACAAGGAAACAUGAUCAUCCUUGGGGGCGAAUUUAACCAGCAUUGCUCAAUACCUAUUCUCUUUGAGGAAACGUUUUAUAAUGACAGGGAAGAGAGCUUUAACAUCCUUUGUAUAGCUCAUCCUCUAGAGAAAAAUGAAAGUAAAGAACCGUCCUCAACGGCAUCCCACUGUUACUCCUUGAAAAACAUUGAAGAUGUGAAAGAAUUCUUGGGAAGGCAUGCAGAAAAAUUUGAUAAAGCUAUUGCAUCUUUCCACAGGACUUUCAAGGAGCAUGACAGGAAAAUCCUGCGACACUAUAUAGUUAGUAUUUCCACUUCCAAUGGAUGUAAUGCUUAACUGCAUAUGACAAGUGCUGUCAUUAAAUUAAAAUUUUCCCCAAUCUCUUCUGUGGGGAGGAGUCUUGUUGAGAUUCUGGCCAUGUCAUAUGCGUGUCACCUAAAGUAUGCUGCUUGAUUCAGAAACGAAUUAGUCAUAUGCUGGCUUGUGUAAAUAGAAUGAUACACUAAGACAUUUGAGAACUGUUUUAAUUGGGGUGCAGCUUUAGGUAUUGCCCUCUCAUUUAUUGCCCCAAUAUUUC